AUGCCUCCAGACGCGGGAACCCGCACCACCACACUCAAAGCCAAGGGCGGUGGCACCCCGCUCCGGCUUGACACGAAAGCCAACGCCAAACAGUCGCUCCCGAAGCAGAUCAACCCCACGACUGUCCACUUCACCAACGACGAUGGCAAGCGGAUAACGUGGCAUUCGCGCCGUGCCCGAAAAGGACGGUACUCGAACAAGCGCUAUCAUGUUACAAAUCAGCACGGGCACACCCACACGCUCUUUCUGCGCCUUCACCACGAGGAGCAGGUGCUCAAGGCGCACAUAUGGGGUGAUGUGACGUUCUGGGUCGCAUUCACGUUCACAUGGGGCAGUAUACUCUGGGUGGUCAAUGGAUUCCUCGAGUGGCUGCCAUACAUCUAUCCGUCGCUCGAUCGCAAGGGUAUCGCGAAUGCCGGUUCGUGGACUGCAUUCGCAGGCGGACUGGUUUUCGUCAUUGGCGCCUACUUGAUGGUUGUCGAGGCGUUGUCUCGAGGACGCGAGACAAACUUUGGCACGGCGAUCAAGCGCGUCCUCACGCACAGCUCGACCAGCGUCCCCUCGACACCUCACUCGUCGACCUCAUCAGAAGCGGAGAACGGCGGAAAUGACGACGACAGCGAGCGCUUCCCUUGGCCAGAACAGGACCAUCCGGGCUUUGUGUGGUGGGCCAAGCCACGCUGGCACGACAUCGGCUACGACGCUGUAAGUUGCCACAUCCCGUCAUGUACUCACACCCAGGGCAUGAUGCAGUUUGCAGCCUCGACCAUCUUCUGGAUCGCUACCGUCGUCGGCAUUCCGGGAGUCGUCACGGGAAAGAAGCUUGCGAUUAGGGAUGUCUUCUUCUGGACCCCGCAGGUCAUCGGCGGCGUCGGGUUCAUCCUCUGUGCCUUGUUGCUCAUGCUCGAGGUGCAGCACAAAAGGUGGAUCCCCAGGCCGCUUGACAUUGGUUGGCAAAUCGCCUUUUGGAAUUUCAUCGGCGGCGUCGGCUUCACAUUGUGCGGCGCGCUGGGGUAUGCCUACUCGCACCACAAGGUCGCGUACCAGUCCGAGCUGGCGACGUUUUGGGCAAGUUGGGCCUUCUUGAUCGCCAGUGUUCUGCAGCUGUACGAGGCUCUCUGGCGCGAUCCGCCGACGGAGAGACUACCAUGA